CCUGGCCUCUAUAUAAUACCCCAAAAGUCUCUCUCAAUAAACCAAACCAAUUCUAUAGGCCUUUAACUAAAAAAUCCUUCUUUCUUCAAACGCGCGAGAUGAUGGGAUCGAACGGUAACGAGAUGGACAUCCAGGCGCCGCCGCCUUCUCUUUGCCAGAACGGAUGCGGUUUCUUCGGAACGGCGGCGACGGGCGGGCUCUGCUCCAGGUGCUACAGAGAGCUCCGCGCCAGAUCUGCGGUGGAGAAGCUCGUCUCGACGCCGAUCUUCAAUUACCGGGCGACGGGUUCCGGCAGAGACUCCUCCACGCCCGCGACCGAUCCGGGAGUCAAACCCGAGACGACGCCGAUCUUCAAGUGGGCGGUCGGAUUGACGGAUUCCGCUGGAGAGGCCACGCCGCCGCCGCCGACGACGGCGAAGAAGAACAGGUGUCGGAGCUGUCAGAGGAAGGUGGGGGUGGUGGGGUUCGAUUGCCGGUGCGGUUAUACCUUCUGUGGGACCCACAGGUACCCCGAGACGCAUGACUGCACCUUCGAUUUCAAGAGCAAAGGCCGGAAUGCUAUUGCCAUGGCCAAUCCUGUGAUCAAGCCCGAUAAAAUCCAGAGCGGCAGCAGUGCAUUUGGGGAGGAUCUGAUGAGGGAGGUGAUGCUCCGGCUUCCCGUGAAGUCACUCAUCCGAUUCAAAUGCGUCUCCAGAUCUUGGCACGCCCAGAUCAGCAGCCCAGAUUUCAUUGCAGAACAUCUCCAGCUCUCCAAAUCAAUCUCCGGCAAUUCCCGCACCCAUAUGAUCUUCCGAGAGCACUGCUCCGGAACUCCGGGAACGGGCGCCUGCCUGAUUUCCAGGAAAUCGCAACAAGAAGAACCUGCCGUUGAUGAUGCCAUGGAAAUCGAGCUCCCUUUGCGCGAAGAGGGUUUUACAGUUUCCUCAGUUCACGGCCAAUGUGAUGGGAUUUUCUGUCUGGUGGGACGCUUUCCAAAUGACCCCCGUGGUACCCAUCGUCAAAAGAGGUGUCUAUUGUGGAACCCUGCAACAAGAGAAGUGAGGGUUCUGCCUCGGGAUGAUGAAUUAGAUGGGGAAAUUAAUCCAACCUUAGGAUUAGGGAUGGAUCCCAUCACAAAGCAUUACAAGGUUGUUCGAUUAAAUGGUUGUAGCGGUAUUACUUGGCCGUGUCUGAUUAAGGUGUACAAUCUUAGCACUGAUGAUGAUACAUGGAGGAGAACACCACAGUGUGGUUCAAGAGUCCCCGCUCUUUUUCAUCCCCCCAAUUGCCUAAAGACCAGGACUUCAUUGAAUGGCAGGCACCAUUGGCUGAGCAUCAAUUGGUUUAAGGGUUCUAGUUCUACUAAUGCCUGCUGGGUCAUUGUCUUCUUUGAUUUUAGUACAGAGAUGAUGGGGACGAUGCCGAGCCCUCCCACUGGCUCUGACUUGUAUAGAGGUGAUGUCGUUGUGGCUCAUGAUAAACUUGCUUUGGUUGUUCGCGAUCGCGAUGCCGAAAAGCGUUUCCAGUUUCAUGUUUGGGUGAUGACUGAAUAUGGCGUGGAGAGUAGUUGGACUAAGAAUUUUACGAUUGGACCUCAUCCCCACAUUCAUUGUUUCUUUUCGAUGUGGGGACAUGAUCAUGUUCUUGCAACACGUAGAACUCAAUGUGUCUGGCAUGAUCAAGACUGUAAACGACCUGAAACUGAACUUGUCUCAUACAAUAUGACAAGCCAACAGGUUAGAAGGAUUCAAGUUCCUGGACUUGGUGAUCACUCCUUUGGUAUCCAUGAGUACACCCAAAGUUUGGUUCCUUUAUUCAGACGGAGGGAGUAUUAUUAAAAAUGUGAUAAUUGCAAAUGGAAGUUUGAGGAGUCAAACUUUGACUUGUUCUUCUUACUGAUUAUGGCCGCAGAAAGAGAUAGCCGCCAUGGACAAAGUUGCUGGCUGAGGAGUUUGAGGCAGUUAAAAUGAGGCGGUAAUCCUUGGCGCGCUAUAUAUAUAAUGAGAGCUCUCCAUUUAAUGGUGUGAGCUCCGGGUAAUUCUUUAAUGCCAUAUUUUGGUGAGAUAGAUAAUGGUGAUAACUUAGAAGAAUUCUCUAUACUUUCAAUGAGAGUUUUGGUAUACCUU